UCUCUCCAUCAGCCAGUCUCCUCUCAGUCAUUCUACCCGCGCACAGCUGAGCCUCAGCAUCCAACCAGCCUGCCUCCUCCUCCGCCCCUCUCUCGCUCUCUCCUCCUUUCACACACACACACACAUUUGUCAUACACCUCUCAGUUGCUGCUGAGCCCGGUCAACAGGAGCAGCAGCUCUGAGCAAAGACGCAAAAGAAACACACAACCUUUUCCCCCGCACCCCCAACCCCCCCACAAACAAAGAAAAGAAAAGAAAACCAGACUAAGAGGAUCAGGAUGAGGAUGAGUGUGUUCAGUGUGCCGGCAGUUCCUUGCUGCCGUCCCACAAAGAACGCAGGGAGCUUCACGUCCCCCCUGCUUCUCACCGUCCUGCUCCUGACCAGCGGCAGCAACAGCAGCAGCAUCGGGGCCGUCCCCUCUCCGUUCCAGCUGGCCCCGGACACCCCGGCACCGGCCGAGCCCACCCCGACCCAGGCGACACCUCGUCCGGACCCCUGCGAAGGCAGACCCUGCCUCAACGGGGGAUUCUGCUUGGCCCUCCUCCCCUCGGCAGGCAGGCCAGAGGACAUCUGGGAGUACGCGUGUACGUGUAACCAGGGCUUCACUGGACGCAACUGUGAGUUUUUCACAGACCCCUGUGCCAGCAGCCCCUGUCUCCAUGGAAACUGCAGCCAGCGCAACGGCAGCGAGGAGGGGGAGCAGGCCUACACCUGCGAGUGCGCCGAGGGCUACGAGGGGGAGAGGUGCGAUCAGAUCCUGCUGGACCUGCCGGCCGCAGACUGGGACCCCGCCACCCCCUCCGCUCCUGAGCUGGCCACCCCGGUCGCCUCCACGACCACAGCCGCCACUCAGCCGCCACAACCGACCACCGUCCCCACCACCACAACGCCGCCUCCUCCCACCCUGCAGCCAUGGCAACCCAAACCUGGGCAGAGGUUGCUGGUAGUGCCGUGGGAGGCAGACAGGGUGACCGAGGGUCUGCACUGUGUGAGUCCUGAGCUUUGUGAGCUGACAUCAGGAACUCUGACUCUGUCUCUGGAGGUGCCUGAAGAGACGGCUGUAAAGGUCGUGGUGAAUGCCAGUGGAGCUCCCGUGCUGUGGCGAGUGAACGAAGAAGGUUUCCUCCGUUCGUCCAUUUUGAACGGCACCACCAUGUGGUUCCUGCAGGCCCCGGAUGGACUGGUGGUGCCAGACAACUUGCUUCCCCUGGGACAGAACUACUUCCUGAGUGUGAUUCGCGUUGGCGCUCCCACGGCCCCGGAGGUCACGCUCCGUCUCAACCUGACGGUGAAGGCCAGCAGCUGUGUGGAGCCCGGCAGCAGCUUCAGUGACCCUCAGUGCUCCGGAAAAGGCAAAUGCAUCACCCAACCCUCUGAGAGCACCUUCUUCUGCGAGUGCGAAGACGGCUACACCGGGAUUUUUUGUGAGGAAUAUGACGCCUGCCACCACCGACCUUGUCGCAACAACGGCACCUGCACUGACAUCAGGCAGGGGGGUGAAGGACGCAACUUCACGUGCACCUGUCAACCAGGUGUGUGUGUUGAACUUGUUCUCAUUCCAGAGCGUCAGAUAUUGCUGCUCCUGUAGUGCCUGCUGUGGUAU